AUGUCCCAUCGCCUCGAUUCCGCCCCUCUCUCCGUGGAGGAACUAGCCGCCGCCAGAUCCGCCGACCACCCCCCGCCGCCGCUCCUCUCCGACGAGUCCUCCUUCGUCGAUCGGAUUCUGGAUUCGGAUCUCCGCCACGUGCCCCGACCCGAUUAUGUCCGCCUCUGCCGUAGCCGCUCCCGCCUACGCACCUUGCGCCAGGACUCGAUCAACUCCAUCCUCCAGGUUCGUGCGCAUUUUGGAUUCAAGGCGGUGACCGCUUUUCUCUCCAUCAGCUACUUCGAUCGAUUUUUAUCCUCCCGUACUCUGCCGGAAACCAGAUGGGCCUUUCACCUUCUGAUGGUGACGUGCUUAUCUCUGGCGGCGAAAAUGGAAGAAAUCCGUGUCCCGCUGCUUUUGGAGCUGCAAGCGCUUGAGCCGGCGCACGUUUUCCAGCCGGGAACAGUGCAGAGAAUGGAGCUUUUGGUGCUGGGGGCCCUCAAAUGGAACCUCCGCACCGUGACUCCGUUUGAUUUUCUCAAUUGUUUCAUCGCCGUGCUCCGCCCACCGUCCGCCGGCUCUGAAUCAGUUUCUGCCAUUUUUGGCGUAGCUUCCGGCAUUAUCCUCAAGACCACCCGCGUGAUAGAUUUUCUCGGAUUUCCACCGUCGGUGGUUGCCGCAGCCGCGGCAAUUGCCGCCGCCGGCGAGGGCAUGGACCUGCCGGACACCCUCGAUGGGAGGAUAAGCAGGGAAAUGGUGAAGAGCUGUCAUCAACUGAUGGACGAAUACCUGUUCGACGCGUGUCCGUCCAAAGAACUAAGCAUUGACCCUGUUGAGCCGCCGAGUCCCCUAGGCGUCCUUGAGGCAGCGGCUUGUGCCACCUGUGAGUCCCAACCGGAGACUCCAGCUUCGGUUUCUGGCUCGGAUGCUGAUGAAACUGACCGAGCAAACAAGCGGCAGAGAUCAUCUGAGCCUGGUGUACAGGAAUCUUAA